GGCUACUGCCAAGUGAAACGGGAAGUCUCUCAUUCUGACAAACGAGAUCCUCGCAAUUGGUCCGGUUCGGUUCUUGAAGAUCUUUGUUACUGCAACAUUUUGGGGAAGUACAUGAUUCUCGGGCUUUAGAUUAUUGAUUUGUUACUACCAUUCUCAGUUCUCCAAAACCAAAUCACAAGAAGCAUUUUAUAUAAAUCUAAACUCGAUUGGAGAUUGAAAUCUGAAAAUCCCAUUUUUCAGAUCGAGGCUUCGAACUUUUUCCAAGGGUAUCAUCGAUCAGAGGAAAGGAGUACUAGGGUUUUUUGGCGUUUUCUCUUGGAAAGCUGACGAGCAGGGUUUAACAGAAGAUCUGAGCAAUGGCAAAGGAAUCUACCAAUGGAGAGCACCGACCAAAGCCACCUCCAACUCCAUCUCCUUUGAGGAACUCCAAAUUUUUUCAGUCUAAUAUGAGAAUUUUGGUAACCGGAGGCGCUGGAUUCAUUGGCUCCCACCUUGUUGAUAGAUUGAUGGAAAAUGAGAAAAAUGAGGUAAUUGUUGCUGAUAACUACUUCACUGGCUCAAAGGACAACCUUAGGAAAUGGAUUGGUCAUCCUAGAUUUGAACUUAUUCGCCAUGAUGUCACAGAACCAUUAUUGGUUGAGGUUGAUCAGAUAUACCAUCUUGCUUGCCCUGCUUCCCCAAUUUUUUACAAACACAAUCCUGUAAAGACAAUAAAAACAAAUGUGAUUGGCACAUUGAACAUGUUGGGACUUGCCAAGCGUGUUGGAGCGAGGAUUUUGCUAACAUCGACUUCUGAGGUUUAUGGAGAUCCUCUUGAGCACCCUCAGACAGAAUCAUAUUGGGGCAAUGUCAACCCAAUUGGAGUCAGGAGUUGCUAUGAUGAGGGGAAGCGUGUAGCUGAAACUUUGAUGUUUGAUUAUCAUCGGCAACACGGGAUAGAAAUACGCAUUGCUAGGAUCUUUAAUACAUAUGGGCCCCGCAUGAAUAUUGAUGAUGGGCGUGUUGUCAGCAAUUUCAUUGCUCAAGCACUUAGAGGUGAACCCUUGACAGUUCAAGCGCCAGGAACACAGACCCGGAGUUUCUGUUUUGUAUCUGAUAUGGUUGACGGCCUUAUCCGACUCAUGGAAGGAGCUAACACUGGGCCGAUCAACAUAGGGAACCCAGGUGAAUUUACAAUGAUGGAACUUGCGGAGACAGUGAAGGAGCUAAUCGAUCCGAAAAUUAAGGUGACAGUUGUGGAGAACACUCCGGAUGAUCCACGGCAGCGGAAACCAGACAUUACAAAGGCAAAAGAGUUGCUUGGCUGGGAACCCAAGAUUACGUUGCGGGAGGGCCUGCCCCUCAUGGAAGAGGAUUUCCGGAACAGGCUUGGAGUUCCCAAAAAAUAGAUCACAGUCGGGGUGAUGUUGCAAUGAGGAGACGUUCCGUUGAAGUUAUUACCAUUUUUUGUGCCUCCAUAUGUUUCUUUUGAACUCUCUUUCUCUUUCUUUAUUACAUUAGCCUAAAAAUAAGUAAUGGUGUGUUUUGUUAUGGAUACAGAGUCUGAUACAUUAAGAAUGUUUUUUUAUGAAAUGAUACAUAAGCUUGUUAUUUCUGCUCAA